CAUUGUACAGUUGUCAUGACGAUGAUCAGCUGACCUCCGCCUCACGUGACUGUAGCGUGUGCAGCUGGCAGUAAGGAUGUGAAUCUGACAGAGCGGGGGAGCAGGAAGCGUGUGCGGAGACACAGCCGAGGAGUGCGGGAAUCAUGGCUACCACCAGGCUGAGAAAUGACACAUACAAUGACUACAGCUCCACAGAGGCCAGUCCCAGUGAAGAGAGCUCCCCGGGGGUCAUCAACAGCUUCGUCCCCAGACCCAGACAGUACGAGAGGCUUGGAGAACAUGGCAGCAGCAGCACCACAUGGUUCCAGACAUUCAUUCAUUUACUAAAAGGGAACAUUGGGACUGGACUACUUGGACUGCCACUUGCUGUGAAAAAUGCCGGGAUUGUGUUGGGUCCCCUGAGUCUAGUUGUUAUGGGAAUCAUUGCUGUUCAUUGCAUGGACCUCUUGGUAAAAUGUGCAAAUCACAUCUGUCAGAGGAACCAGCGACCAUUUGUGGAUUAUGGAGAUGCGGUCAUGUACAGUAUGGAGUCCAGUCCAAGUCAGUGGCUGAGAACAUACGCUGUCUGGGGAAGGCGGACGGUCGGUUUCUUUCUCAUCCUCACUCAGCUGGGGUUUUGCUGUGUGUACUUUGUGUUCCUGGCUGAUAACGUUAAGCAGGUAGUAGAAGCCACCAAUGGCACAACCAACGACUGCAGCUCCAACAUGACUGUGGUGUUGAAAGAGAGCAUGGACUCCAGGCUUUACAUCCUUUCUUUUCUACCGUUUCUCAUUCUACUGGUAUUCAUCCGCAACCUCCGCUACCUAUCUGGCUUCUCUUUACUCGCCAAUGUGGCCAUGCUGGGUAGUGUAGUUAUGAUCUACCAGUUUAUUGGAAGGGACAUUCCAGAUCCGACCCACCUUUCCUAUACCGCCAGCUGGAGAACAUAUCCUCUCUUUUUUGGGACAGCCAUCUUUGCCUUUGAGGGCAUUGGAGUGGUCUUACCCUUGGAGAAUAAGAUGAAGAUCCCUCAUCAGUUUCCAGUUGUGUUGUACGUUGGUAUGGGAUUUGUAACCAUUCUCUACAUCAGCAUGGGGACGCUUGGUUAUUUGCGAUUUGGCCCAGAAAUCAUGCCCAGCAUAACUCUGAAUUUGCCCAAUUGUUGGCUGUAUCAGUCGGUGAAGUUGCUGUACUCUUUUGGAAUAUUCAUCUCCUUCGCAUUACAGUUCUAUGUGGCGGCAGAAAUCAUAGUCCCCUCAGCCACCUCUCGAGUGGAUGAACGUUGGGUGCUAUCGGUUGAUCUUUCUGUGAGGGCAGCUCUAGUUUGUAUCACAUGUAUCUUGGCAAUCCUCAUUCCUCGCCUGGAUUUGGUCAUCUCCCUGGUGGGAUCGGUCAGCAGCAGUGCCCUGGCUCUCAUCAUUCCGCCUCUCCUGGAAAUAACCACUUACUACUCAGAAGGUCUUAGCCGCUGGGUCAUAGCCAAGGAUGUUCUCAUCAGUCUUGUGGGCUUCUUGGGGUUUGUUCUGGGGACAUACGUGACCCUAUGGGAACUCAUUGUGUCCGAUUCCAGUUCGGGACACGUCAACGCCACACUGUAUGCAGUGCAAUGAGCUCCACAUCUUGGUACCUAGAGGAGAAGAAUCCUCUAUUAGAAUGUUUCUAUAUUUAUGCUGUCACAACAUCUCUAUGUUUACGAAUGUAUUUAUUUUACCUAAUAGCUGCCAAAUAUGCUACUUUUGUGGUAAAAGUUGCCAUGUUAACAUAGCAUGAGUAUUGUUUUAUUGCUUAUUGGUAGGUGUACUUUGCUCACUGUUGCAUUCUGCCCUAUAUUUGUAGGGCAGAAUUGCACUGUUGCAAACCGCUAUAUUUAUUUCAAGAAAGAGGGAUAAUCUCAAUGUAAUGUAUUAGUACAUUAUUUAAUGUGCUCAGGAUAAACAAAUAUUUCUGUUAUUCUUAGCAGACGUUAUGACAUUGCCAUUAUAAAAUAUCUAUUACUACUUCUUGGGUUAAGGCAUUCUUUAGCUUGACUGCUCGACUAUAAAGAACCUUUCACGUAACCAUAAUAUAUUUUGCAAGGAAUUUUUUUCACUUGGGUCAACAUUAAUCUUAAAAGGAUUUUGACCCAACAACUCAUAGAUCGACAUGAGCUGCGGGCAGCCAUAUAUUCACCCUGCAGAUGCUAAGUAGUAUUACAUGGCACCUGUACAUGGUUGCGCUGCUAAAUACGAGAGGGGUUCCAAUGGAAAACUCCUUCUUCUUUAAUGCACGUAUCACCUGUUUUGUGGAUAGAUGAUAAAUAUAAUUUUUAAGGAAAUGCCCUUUAAAGCGGUCUCCUGGGACCUUCAUAUUAAUAAUGUAUUCUU